UGUGUGGUUGGCGGUUACAAUAGAGAGCCGAUCAUAAAGACGCGUGUGUGGAAUCCCAAAUCUGAAUCGCAAAACUCAGAUCUGGAAUGGCGGCGGUGACACCAUUAGCGAAGUACAAGCUCGUCUUCCUCGGAGAUCAAUCCGUGGGAAAGACCAGCAUCAUCACUCGUUUCAUGUACGACAAAUUCGACACCACUUAUCAGGCAACUAUUGGGAUUGAUUUUUUGUCAAAGACAAUGUACAUGGAGGAUAGGACUCUUCGUCUCCAGCUAUGGGAUACUGCUGGACAGGAGAGGUUUCGAAGUCUGAUUCCAAGUUAUAUCAGAGAUUCUUCUGUUGCUGUUAUUGUCUAUGAUGUUGCAAAUAGGCAGUCAUUCUUGAACACCUCUAAGUGGAUUGAGGAUGUUCGUACAGAGAGAGGUAGCGAUGUCAUCAUUGUUCUCGUGGGUAACAAAACAGAUCUCGUUGACAAGAGGCAAGUGUCAAUAGAGGAAGGGGAUAACAAAGCUCGUGACUUUGGAGUAAUAUUCAUUGAGACGAGUGCAAAGGCAGGAUUUAACAUCAAGCCACUCUUCCGCAAGAUUUCAGCAGCAUUACCAGGAAUGGACACACUUUCAACAAAACAAGGUGAUAUGGUUGAUGUCAACUUAAAGUCUUCGACCAAUGCGUCUCAAGCGGAGCAACAAGGAGGUGGCUGUUCGUGUUGAUUGAAAUUUAAAUAUACUUUAACAGCAACAGAGUAGAACAAAGGAUUCAUUACUUGAUUCUGGUAUAAGGAAAUAGAUUUUUACUUGAGAAACUCUUACUAUUCUUUAAAUGUUUUUUCAAUAUCGAGCUGUGUAAUAAUGAUGCUUAAAAAACUUGACAAGAAUUGCUCAUCUCGAUUGCUCAAUUUUUUUA